AUGGAGGAGAACCACCCUGGUAUAAAGUGGUCAUCGACGGCUACCCAUCGCAAAAACAAUACCCCUUAUGAACUAUCGUCGUUACACCAUCGCUCCGUUGGAAUUCAUGAAAAUGAUGGUGAUGAUGCGAGCCAGUUCAAUAAGCGAAGAAGUUCUACUCUCUCUGAUUACUCAAUGAAAGAUGUCCGAAACGUAAUUCAAACAUCAACCGACGAAUUAUUACUCCCAAAGCUCGAUUCCACAAAAAUUGAGCAUAUUCAACGUUCAUCUGCAUGGCACUCUGCACCAUUGGCAUUUGCGCUUUUGCCUGCAUUGGGAGGUAUCUUCUUUACCAACGGAAGCGGCUUUGUUACUGAUAUCUUGCUCCUCGGGCUGGCUGCCAUCUUUCUAAAUUGGUCGGUUAGACUACCCUGGGACUGGUAUCAUGCUGCUCGCUAUAUUCAGUACUCUGAUGAUGACUCAAUUGGAGUAUUACCAAUACCAGAAGACGACAAGAAUAAAGAAAUAUCUCAAUCAGCAACUUCUAUGGGGCACGUACACGGAGAGGAACCGGAGAAGCCACAGGCGACAGAUAACAAGCAACUAAAACGAAAUGAUGCCUAUGAAUAUGCAGCAAGUGAACUUUCUAGGCGCGAAUCAUUAGCCCUACUAUCUUGCUUCCUAUUUCCUCUCAUUGGCACCUAUUUACUUCAUGCAUUAAGGUCGCAAUUAAAUCGGCCAAAGGAAGGUUUGAUUUCUGACUAUAACUUAACCAUAUUCUUGCUAGCAUCGGAAUUAAGGCCAAUUGUGCAUGUCAUGAAACUUAUUCAGGCCCGAACACUUCAUCUCCAGCGUGUUGUGUCGUCAAAACCUUACAGAAAAGAUGUUACAUUGAAGACAAUCAAGGAAAUUUCCCGAAGACUUGAGGAAGUUGAAGCACGAAACCUCACUCUUCACAAAACGAGUUCUGAAUUUACCGUUAUUGAGAAACAAUUAAAUUUAAUCAGUAGUGAGAUUAGAAAAAGUCUACACUCCGAGAUUGAUACCCUUAAUCGUGCCGUCCGUCGAUACGAAAAACGGGCUUCCAUACAAACGAUACAAACUGAGUCAAGGCUUCAAGAACUUGAAUCUCGACUGCAAGAUACCAUUUCUAUUGCUGCUAUUGCUGCAAAAGCUACUACAAGUCAGCGGAUACAUACCCAUCAGUUAACUACUGCAAUUAUCAAAUGGGCCGCAACGACUUUAAUUUUUCCGUUUCAAGCAUUCAAUAGUCUGGUCAGGCUACCAGGAAAGUUUAUGAUCAGCUCAACCCAAGUAGGAAAAUAUAUGAUGCCGCAGCAAGAGAAACCAGUUGAAAAAAUAACGAAAGGAAUGAAUGUUAAAAAAUCUUUUAGUAGAUCUAGCCAUUUAAUGGAAGGUGAGGGCAAAAGUUUUAAUGAUUAA